AUGAGUAGGUUCUUGACCGGUGUAUCGUAUAUUGUGAAGGAAGAGUGUUGUACAAUUAUGCUCCAUGGUGACAUGACUCUAUCAAGGCAUAUGGUGUAUGCUCAAUCCAUUGAAGAGUCUAAACUUUGGAGGAGAAGUAGAGAUGCUAAGAGGGGAAUAUUCGAUAAGCAAGUUCAACCUAAGUUUAUGAAAAGGGCUCCAAUUCAAGAUGGUUCUCGUGAUCCUAAGUCUAACUAUAAUAGAGCUGGUGGUUUCCAAACGGUUAAGCCUACUUGUGCUAGUUGUAGGAAGAAUCACUUUAGGAAGUGUCUAGACGGUACUAGUGGAUGCUUCAGUUCAGUUAAGGAUAAUCACAAGGUGAGAGAUUGUCCUAGUAUUGCAGCUAGGGGAAGAGAGGCCAAGCAAGUUCCUCCUAAUGCUCUGGGCGGUGGUGUAUAA